AAGUGUGUACAGUAUAACAUUAGCACACUCCAAAACCCUCAACCCAAAACCCUCACAGCCCACACCGACCUCUCUGCUCUAUCUUUUCUCUCUCUCUCUCUCUCUCUCUCACACACACACACACACAGAAAGCCAAAUAUGUCGAGGAAAUAAGAAUCAAUAGUGGCGAUGAUUCAACUGCAUAGGAGCUCGCUGUUGAUGAACACUGCCACUGUCUCUUCCUCCAUAUUCUCUAAACCUUCAACUCCUUCAUUUCUUCGCCUCAACUCAUUCAUGUCUAAGUUGCAGUAUAGGGGACUUCAGCAGACCCCAAGAACACAUUUACCAUGUUCUUCAUUUGGCAUCAGUAAUGGCAAUGGAUACAGAAAAUGUUCUCAACUUAAGUGUAGUAAAGUCAAGGUAUCUUGCAUGAUCUCAACCAACCAUGGAAAGGGCGGAAAGGAUUUCCAUAUUUUCAGAAGCCAUGUUGGUUGUUCUCGGUUUGGUUUCACAGUUCCAUCCCACUUAAGACUUGGGCUCCUUAAUUUUAUGGCACCUUUGGAUACUUCAAUCUAUGGACCUCUAAUUAGUGGUUUUAGGAGUUUUAAUAAUUGUGGAAGUUUUGCUCGGAGGUUUUCUUCUAAAGAUGCGAGAGUAACAAGUAUACGUGAAAAUACUGGCGUUACGGGAAAAAAGGGUGGUGGGAAUACCUUCCAGACGUUCAGUCAGCAUCAGAAGAGGGCAAAUGCGUUGGCCGCUCACAGCAGAAAGACAACUGCAAAUUCUAAUAUCUCAGCCUCUAAAGACAUUGACACGGUGACUUCUACUGAAUUGCUAGUUGGAGAUGGGAAAGGGGAUGUGGAACUGUCAUCAAAGGUUUCAACUUCCCGUGUUAACAAUGAUAAUCAAAACUCUGAAAUUGACAGACAACGGAAGCAGCCGUCGAGAAACAAGAAAAACAAGGUACGGAAAUCUGCUGCAAAUGCUUCAGACAAAGCUGUUGUAGCAAAAGGACCUAAAGUGAAGAGUUCUGGUGUGAGCAAAAAAAGCCAGAAUUCUACACAGGCUUUAGAGAAGAAUUCAGUUGGGAGCACAGCUGUGGAAGUGCUUGAUAGUUCUACUUCAAGAGAACUCCAGACUAAGAAGAAAAAUGGUAAAUCUAGUAAAAGCGGGAAAUCUGUCAAAGCAGCUAAUGAGUCACCACAGAAACCGAAUCCACAACAGAUAGACAAAGUUAAGCAUCUCGGACAAAGACCACUGAAACAGCUAUAUCCCCCGGAUGGGAAAUCUGUUGUGGUGGUGGAGUCUAUUACAAAGGCUAAGGUUAUUCAGGGCUACCUUGGUGAUAUGUAUGAAGUCUUGCCUAGCUAUGGUCAUGUAAGAGACUUGGCUGCAAGAUCAGGAUCUGUGAGGCCUGAUGAUGACUUUAGUAUGGUGUGGGAGGUUCCAUCACCUGCCUGGACUCAUUUGAAGAGCAUCAAGGUUGCAGUAAGUGGAGCAGAAAAUCUUAUCCUUGCAUCAGAUCCUGACCGAGAAGGAGAGGCUAUUGCAUGGCAUAUCGUUGAGAUGUUGCAGCAACAGGAUGCUUUACGUGAAGAUCUUAGCAUAGCAAGGGUUGUCUUUCAUGAAAUAACUGAAACAUCCAUUAAAAGUGCUCUCCAAACUCCAAGAGAAAUUGAUGCAAACUUGGUUCAUGCUUAUCUUGCACGUCGUGCUCUCGAUUAUUUGAUUGGAUUUAAUAUUUCGCCGUUAUUAUGGAGGAAACUACCUGGUUGCCAGUCAGCUGGGCGGGUUCAAUCUGCUGCACUUUCUCUUAUAUGUGACAGGGAAAUGGAAAUUGAUGAAUUUAAACCUCAGGAGUAUUGGAGUGUUGAGGUGAAGAUGAACAUAAAUAGACCGGGUUCUUCACUGAAAGAAUGUUUUUUUCAAGCACAGUUGACCCAUUAUGAUUCCCAAAAGUUAAAUCAGUAUUCGAUCAGCUCUGAUACGGAGGCAAAGAAUAUUGAACAGAAGAUUAGUUCAGAAAAUUUUCAAGUGGUCAGCUCUAAAAAAAGCAAAAUGCGGAAAAACCCUCCUACACCAUAUAUAACAUCAACACUUCAGCAGGAUGCAGCAAACAAAUUACAUUUUUCUGCAUAUUAUACAAUGAAGGUUGCACAGAAACUUUAUGAGGGGGUGCAAUUAUCUGAUGGUAAGGCAGCUGGUCUGAUAACAUACAUGAGAACAGAUGGACUACAUAUGUCCGAUGAAGCUGUCCAAGAGAUUCGCUCUAUGGUCAUUGAAAGGUAUGGACAAGGGUUUGCAUCAGGGAAUUCACGCAAAUAUUUUAAGAAGGUGAAGAAUGCUCAAGAGGCCCAUGAAGCAAUUAGACCCACUGAUAUUCGGAGGUUACCAUCAACGCUCAUUGGAGUGCUUGAUGAAGAUUCCAUGAAGCUAUACACUCUUAUUUGGUCUCGGACAGUGGCAUGCCAAAUGGAACCUGCUAUCAUAGAGCAGAUACAACUUGAUGUUGGAAAUGCUGACAAGUCCCUUGUUUUCCGAUCUGCAUGCUCAAGAGUUAAUUUUCUUGGAUAUCAGUCAGUUUUUAAGGACGUGGAAGCUGUAGCAGUCCGAAGUAAAGAAAAUGUCGAGAAUGAUCAAGAUGAGGCGUUUGGUAUUCUUAAUUCAUUGAAGCUAGAAGAUCGAUUAUAUCUUGAUGAAGUGGAACUCAAGCAGCACUAUACCAAGCCUCCACCACGCUACUCUGAGGGAUUCUUGGUUAAGAAGUUAGAGGAGCUUGGGAUUGGAAGACCUUCCACAUAUGCAAGCACACUGAAAGUUUUACAGGAUAGAAACUAUGUGACAACAAAAAGCCGUGUCUUGUAUCCAGAAUUUCGUGGCCGCAUGGUGUCAGCAUUUCUUUGUCACCAUUUUUCUGAGGUCACAGACUACAGUUUCACUGCUGAUAUGGAGAGUGAGCUUGAUAAUGUAUCUGCUGGAUUGACUGAAUGGAAAGGCCUUCUUAGAGAUUAUUGGACACGAUUCAGCUCAUAUUGUGACCGUGCUAAUAGUGUCCAUAUUCAUCAGGUGGAGAAAAUGUUGGAGAAAAAAUUUGGGGAUUUCUUGUUUGAUUCUCUCCCUGAUAAAAGUAGGACCUGUCCCAGUUGUAUGGAAGGAAAUUUGAUUUUCAAAGUAAGUAGGUUUGGUGCUGGCUAUUUUAUAGGUUGUGAUCAACACCCAAGAUGCAAGUAUAUUGCCAAGACGUUAUAUGGUGAUGAUGAUCAAGAGGUUCCUCCUCAAAACAAUAAUGUUGAGGAGCCAAAACUGCUGGGUACUAACCCAGUUUCCAGCGAAAAGAUUCUUUUGAAGAGUGGUCCUUAUGGAUUUUAUGUUCAGCAUGGUGAAGACAGGAAGGGAUUCGUACCUAAAAGAGCCUCUGUUUCGCAUAUAAAGAAUGUGGACUCUAUUACCCUUGAAGAUGCUCUUGAGUUGCUGCGCUACCCUAUUACAUUGGGAAACCAUCCAAAGGAUGGCCAACCGGUGAUCUUAAAGCUUACAAAACCUGGAUUGAAAAUUAGACAUCGACGCACAAAUGCUACAGUCCCCAAGAAUCUGAAGCCAGAAGACAUUACCAUUGAGAAAGCAUUGGAGCUCUUGUCAGGUGACAAUGUAAGCCGAAGUGGCCGACCUAAGAACAAACCAAAGCUUGAAGAAGCUUUUUAGGCCAUCUAGCCUUGGUAAAUAGAAGAAAUGUGCAAGUUCUUGGAUGAUUCAGAGUACUUUUUAUGAAUACUUUAGGUUGGCAAUUGGUAACUUACCCCAUCACAACAAGAAAUUUGUUUCUUUAUGGUAAGUUACACAUGCAUUUGGUGAAUUUUAUACCUACAACCUCAUUGAAUUUUAUACCUACAACAUCAUUUUCUCCCUAUUUUUAUGGGAGAAGAAACUGUCAUUUGAGCUAAAGCUCAUUGGCCAAAA